ACGGUGAAGGAGUUCCAGGUGUACCGGUGGAACCCGGACUCGCCGGGGCGGCGGCCGUUCCUGCAGUCCUACUUCGUGGACCUGGCCGCCUGCAGGCCCAUGGUGCUGGACGUGCUGCAGAAGAUCAAGGCGGAGCACGACCCGACGCUGACGUUCCGGCGGUCGUGCCGGGAGGGCAUCUGCGGGUCCUGCUCGAUGUGCAUCGACGGCGUCAACACGGUGGCGUGCCUCAAGCCCGUGGACACGGACGCGUCGAGGGCGAGCAUGAUCACGCCGCUGCCGCACAUGUUCGUGGUGAAGGACCUCGUCGUGGACCUCACCGGCUUCUACCAGCAGUACAAGUCGGUGGAGCCGUGGCUCAAGACCAAGAGGCCGCCGCCCGGCGGGCGCGAGCACCCGCAGUCGCCGGCGCAGCGGAAGAAGCUGGACGGGCUGUACGAGUGCAUCCUAUGCGCGUGCUGCAGCACGGCGUGCCCGUCCUACUGGUGGAACUCGGAGGCGUUCCUGGGCCCCGCCGCGCUGCUGCACGCCUACCGUUGGGUCUCCGACAGCCGCGACGACUACGGCCAGGAGCGGGUGCAGUCGCUGGCGGAAGGCUGGGACAAGCUCUACAGGUGCAGGAUGAUCAAGAGCUGCACCGCGACGUGCCCCAAGAGCCUCGACCCCGCCGCCGCCAUCUCCUCCAUGAAGACCUUGCACCAGCUCCGCAAGGCCUGA